AUGAGACUAACACACCCGUCAUUGACCGUAGGCUUGACCUUGGCGGUUGCUACCAAUGCCAUUGAUGUUACAUGGGAAGAUGACGAAUCGAUAAAAACUGCUGCGGGCACAGUCGCCUACGGCCUAGUAAAAUACUAUACGGGAAAUAACACUGGUGAUACUCCAGGAAACCUACCAGACCCAUACUACUGGUGGGAGGCUGGAGCCAUGUUUGGUACAUUGGUUGACUAUUGGUGGCUCACGGGGGAUGAUUCAUACAACGCCAUUACUACGCAAGCACUGAUUCACCAAGCCGGCGACGAUGAUGACUACAUGCCUCAGAACCAGACUUUGACGGAAGGAAAUGAUGAUCAAGGGUUUUGGGCAAUGGCGGCGAUGUCGGCAGCAGAGCAUAAGUACCCUAACCCCCCAGAAGGCGAACCGCAAUGGCUUGCCUUAGUGCAAGCUGUCUUCAAUGAGUACGUCAGUCGCUGGGACACAGAGAACUGCGGCGGAGGAGUGCGAUGGCAGAUUUUCACCUGGAAUGCCGGUUUCGAUUACAAGAACUCCAUCUCCAACGGGUGCUUCUUCAACGUUGCCGCACGCCUAGCUCGAUAUACUGGCAACAAUACCUACUCUGAUUGGGCUGAAAAGAUUUGGGACUGGCAAACCGACGUCGGCUUAAUCACGGCCGAGCAUGAGAUCUUGGACGGAGUUCAUUUCGAAGGCAAAUGCCCCAGCUCGACGGACAGCACAAAAUGGUCUUACAAUGCCGGCAUCUUUCUUUACGGAGCCGCCGUGAUGUACAACGUCACCGAAAGCGAUACAUGGAAAACCCGCGUUGACGCUAUGCUCGAAGACGUCAACAAAGCAUUUGUCCAGAACGAAGUUAUUUACGAGGCGUAUUGUGAACCGACAGCACAAUGCAGUCAGGAUGCACAAAGUUUCAAGGGAUAUCUCGCCCGAUGGCUGGCGGCCACGUCACAGGUCGCUCCUUAUACUUCGGAUUCCAUCAACAAGCUAUUGUUGUCGACUGGAAAGAAGGCAGCUGUAGGCUGUUCGGGGUCUCCCGCUGAUGGUUUCAAAGGACAUCCAGGCACUGCCUGUGGCUUCUCCUGGCUGAAAGAUUCCUUUGAUGGCUUGGUCGGUGUGGGACCGCAAAUGACAUCUUUGCAGGCAAUCAUGUAUAACCUCGUUCGCUCAGCAGACGGGCCUGUCACCGCUAACACUGGUGGUAACUCUACGGGUAAUCCAAAUGGAGGCAAGAGUGACGAUGGGUCAGGGUCAAAGGAGCCUACCUUUUCGAAGAUUACUACUGCAGACAAGGCCGGGGCGGCUAUAUUAACAAUUCUUGUCACUUCCGGCGUUGUUGGCGGUGCUCUUUUCAUCAGCAUCUAG